AUGAAAAAAUCCGGCUCGAAGGUCAGUGGUGCGCGAUCGUCGGGUAAACAAAGUGCCGUGCAAACGAAUUUCGUGGACAAUUCCGCAAAUGACUACAGUGAUGCGAAAACCGAUGUGCGCGAGGUGUGUUCGGAAAACACCAUUUCGGACAAUGCGAAAAUUUGGAUGAAAGUGCGCGUGAAUGGAAUACCGAUGCGUUUCGAGGUGGACACGGGAUCGCCCGUCACCAUCGUGAGUGCGAACUGCUGGAAACAAAUGUUCCAGGAAGCGAAACUGCGGCAAUGCGAUACGAAUCUCGUGAGCUAUUGCAAUACGAACAUUGACGUGCUCGGGAUAAUGGACGCUCGUGUCGAAUACGAUGGACAGAACUCGCAGUUACCAUUGUACGUCGUGAAUUCGGAAAAACAUCCGUUGAUCGGGCGCGAAUGGUUGAGUCGUCUGUCGGUCGAUUGGAAUGUGCUGCUGCGGAAGGACUACUCGGUGAACGAGAUACGGGGAAGUACUUCGGGAAGCAACUGCGGUGCUUCGAAUAAUGCUGCUGAUUCUGCUGCCGCCGUGAAGGAGGUUCUGCAAAAGUUUCCGAGGGUAUUCGAGGAUUCCAUCGGAAAGAUCUCCCGUGUCCAAGCCAACUUGCCGCUGAAGAGUGAUGCCCGUCCUGUCUUCCUGAAGGCGCGUAAAAUCCCGUUCAACUUGCAGAGUGUGGUCGAUGCUGAACUAGACAAGCUAGUUGCGGAGGGAGUUCUCACCAAGAAAUCCAACAACCGGGUGCGCAUCUGCGGCGAUUACAAACAAACCGUCAACCCCAACCUUGUGGUGGACAGGCACCCACUUCCUACGGUGGACGAGCUUUUCGCCUCGCUCGCUGGUGGGAAGAGAUUCAGCAAAAUCGACCUGGUGCAGGCAUACCUGCAGAUGGAAGUUGCUCCAGAAGAUCGCGAAAUCCUCACACUGAGCACCCAUCGCGGUCUGUACCGACCAAACCGCCUCAUGUACGGGGUGGCAUCUGCGCCAGCCAUUUGGCAGCGACAAAUGGAGGCUUUGCUGCAAGGAAUCGAGGGUGUCAGCGUGUUCCUAGUCGACAUUAAGGUAACUGGACCUGAUUACGAGACUCAUUUGCGCCGAUUGGAGGAAGUUUUGCGUCGUCUGGAGGAGAAUGGCAUCCGAGUCAACCGAGACAAGUGCGAAUUUUUUGCGGAGAAGAUAGAAUACUGCGGAUACCUCAUCGACGAAGAGGGGAUCCACAAGAUCCAGAAAAAAGUGGACGCUAUCCAGGAUAUGCGAAGGCCGGAGAACAAGGACGAGGUACGCUCCUUUGUAGGUCUCAUCAACUACUACGGUCGAUUUUUCCGGGAUCUGAGUACCGUUCUCUAUCCUCUCAACAACCUGCUGAAGAACGAGGUACCGUUUGAGUGGAGCAAACAGUGCGAGAAGUCUUUUCAAGCGGUGAAGAGGCAAAUGCAAGCGGAAACCUGCCUCGUUCACUAUUCCCCCGAAUUGCCUUUGGUGCUGGCCACCGACGCUUCGCCAUACGGCGUGGGAGCCGUACUGAGCCACAUCUACCCAGAUGGCUCGGAACGCCCGAUCCAUUUUGCCUCACAAACGCUGAACCGUACUUAG